AUGUCCACCACCACCCUCCCACCAACAAUGAAAGCCCUCCUCCAAGAAACAAAAAACGGGCCCCUCGUCCCACGGUCUAUCCCAACACCCAACCCGGGCCCAGGCUCUGUCGUAGUAAAAGUCCUCGCAAACCUCCUCCAACACCAAACUCCGGGCAUCCUCUCCGGCAAAGCAGGCUUCACCUACCCCACUCCCAUGAUCCCCGGCGGACGAGCCAUAGGCCGAAUUGCCGCUACAGGCCCCGACACAACAUGUCUAUCAGAAGGGCAGCUGGUCCUCCUCGAGCCGUUCAUCCGCGCCCGCGACGACGCUGAUACAUGGAUAUUCUGGGGCGCAAUGGAAGGCACGAGUGAGGGGAAAUUGGGGUAUACGAUACCGGAGUUGGUGCAGCUCAGUGUUGAUGUUGUGGCGUACAGUGGGCUGAAGGGGAUUGGGCUGAGGCCCGGGGAGAGACUGGUUGUUACGCCUGCUACGGGGCUUUUCUCAGGUGCUGCUGUGGGCGUGGCGGUUGCGAUGGGAGCGACUGUUUUGGUGACGGGAAGGAAUAAGCGCGCGCUUCAGCGGCUGGUGGAUGCGCAUCCGAAGCUUGUUUCAAGUGUUCUGAGAACGAACGACGUCGAGGUCGAUGUUAAGAAUCUGCAGAAGCAUGGCACCGUGGAUGCGUUUCUCGAGUUCACGCCCAUGGGAGCGGAGGGGAGUACACAUGUUCGUGCUGCUUUUGGCGCGCUCAAGCAGUACGGACGAGCGUGUAUCAUGGGCUUUGGUGGUGGCGCGAUGAAGGAUGUGGAGAUUCCGAUGAUGGAUAUCGUGUUUAAGAGUAUCACGGUUCAUGGUCAUGCCAUGUACUGGGGUCAAGAUGUGAAGGAAAUGAUCAAGAUGGCCGAAGCGGGAGUGUUGAAACUUGGAAAAGAGAGAGGUUUUGAUUCGGUGACGGAGUUCAAGAUGGAGGACUUUGAGAGAGGCUUCGACUGGGUUGGCGAAAACCACGAGCUCGGCCAGAUGGCGGUUCUAGUCCCGUGA